UCAGUUGAUGUUUGGCAAAAGGUUCGUUGAAGCGGACGCAAACACUGUUGAAUCUCUAAAAAUUGUGAAAUUCUGGUGUUUUCAAUAUAUUUUUGGACUAAAUAUAAAAUAUAGACUUAUUUAAAGUUCGCUAAUGAAUUCAUGAUAAUUGUUGGCGGUUAUAAACUCGAUUAUAGCAUAAAACUGUGAUUAGGAUGACUUCGUAAAUUGUUUCAAAACAUUCUAUCAUUUUGACAUGUUUCUCUAUUGUGUUAUGUGCAAUAACGUUUAAAACGAGUGCAACAAGUGAACCUCUCGAUUUUAUAUCGUUGGAAUUCUGAAAAUCUAGAAAGGUGGAAGUGCUUUUGGAUUGUUUGUGUCAUCAUGAAAGACGUGUUCAGGGAUUUAAGGACGAACUAUAGUUACUUUUUGAUAGUGUUAGCGCAUUUGCGUUGUAGUACCUGAGCGUUGAACAAGAAGGAGGAAGGUGCGGGCGGUGAGAAUGAAGCAGAGGUGAAGUAAGAGCCGCCAUCACCGUGGAGCACCUGGUGGGCGGCGGCGGCGCCGGCGGGCUGCUGCCCGGCGCCUCGCCCCAGCACCCGCCCAACAUGCUCCAGCCCAUGGAGGAUAUGAUCCUGCCACCCAAGCGCCAAGCUGUAGUGGAUAGGUUGAGACGAAGAAUCGAUGCAUAUCGUCGGCGACAGAACGAGUGCGUCCCUCGCUUUGACCAGUCAUUCACGGGCGCCUGCGAGCAACAGAACCUCGAGACGAGCGCGCUGCAGAAGCGUUUCCUCGAGGGCAAGGCCAAGAGGCAGGCCAAGAAGAGCGACCGCAAGCCCGACCUGCCCGCUAUCAGCGGGAACCUGCAUAGUAGCGUGCAUGUGCAACAAAAAUUCGGUUGCGGCGAUUACGAACCGCCGGCGAAACUGCAAUGCAGCGGUCUCGGCGGCGCCGGCGAGGCGCUCACCAAGUUCUCGGUGGAGAUCGUGCAGCAGCUCGAGUUCACCACCUCCGCCGCCGACUCGCAGCCGCAGCAGAUCUCCACCAACGUGACGGUCAAGGCCCUCGCCAACGCCGUCAAGACGUCCAACUCGCCGCCCCCGCAGGCCCCGCCGCGCGUGCCCACGCCGCUCGACUGCGACCGCGAGUGCAAAGCCGAGUGCAAAUCAGAAGUCGCCGAGGACGAAUUCGUCGGCCUAGACGAAUGCGCUGCAGCCUUAGAGCGCGAUGCCGCCUCCGCGUUCCCCGGGCUGGCCGAGCUGAUCGGGGAAGACGACGGCGACGAUACUUUCGAAGAUCUCAUUACUGAAAUUGCCGAGUAUCCAGAGUUUAUGAAAGAUUUCGAUCUGGACGGAAGCAGAUUCAACGGGCUGGGCAGCAUGGAGCCUCCGGAAGGCGAGCCCGCGCCGCGGUACGGCGGCACGAGCGGCGAGAUGUCGCCAGCCGCGCAGACGCUAAAGCACAUGGCGGAGCAGCACCAGCAGGCGGCGGGCGGCGACUGGCGCUACCGCGGGUACAGCGCGGGCGGCGGCCCGAGCGCCGGCCCCGGCGCCGGCGGCUACCGCCCGCGGCCUUCGCUCGACCACCUACACAUGUCGCAGCAUCAGCAGCUCCAUCUCUCGCAACCUCAUCAUAAUCUUCAGGUUUCCGCGGCUCAGCACAUGCAGGUGAGCGGCGCGGGCAGCGGGCACGUGUCCGUGGCGGCGCAGCAGGGCAUGUACGCCAACUUCCAACACCAACAGCCCACCUCGCAGCACCACCAAGGCGCUGGAAACGACUCAUACUCGAUGUCGCAGUCGCAGAGCAUGAACUUCUCGCAGGCGAUGCGGCCGCGGCCCGCGCACCCCGCGCAGGCCGCCGCGCAGCAACAGCAGGGCCCGCAGGCGCCUAUGGGUGUAGCCGCGGCGGGUAUCUCCCGCGAGCAGCAAGCGAAGAUGCUGCAGCAACAGCAGCAGCACAUGCUGCGCGCGCAGCAGCAGCAGCAGCAGCAGCAGAUGCGGCCGCCGCCGCCCGAGUACAAGGCGCGCUUCACGGGUCCCGUCGGGCCGGGCGCCCCCCGCCGCCCCGCGCCGCCGCGCGCCUACCCGCCGCACCUGCCGCGCCAGUACCCGCCCGAGUGGCGCCACGCCAUGCUGCAGCAGCACCAGCGCCAGCAGCUCCACCACCAAGGCGGAGGAUUCGGCAUGGGCGGCAUGGGCGGCGUGGGCGGCAUGGGCGGCAUGGGCGGCGCCACAAGCGCGACUAGCGCCGCGCAGCAGCAGCAACUGCAACUGCAGCACUCGCGCAUGCAACAGCAACUCUUGCAGCAACAGCAGCAACAGAGAGCGUCGAAUCAGCAGGCUCCUAUGACUCAUCUCAUCAUGCAGCAGAAUCAGAUGAUGAAUGUGCAAGGACAGAUGCCGAAUAUUCACAUGAACCAGAGUCAGAGCAUGUCGAUGCAGAGCGGCGGCAUGGCCGGCAUGGGCUCGCACGGCGCGCACGGCUCGCACGGCUCGCACGGCGCGCACGGCUCGCACGGCGGCAUGCUGCAGCAGUUCCCGUCGCUGCACGGCUCCGGCUCGUUCUCGGGCGCCACGGCCGACUUCAACCUGGACUUCCUCGACAACAUGCCCGCCAGCGACGCAGGCGGCCUUACCGCCCAGGAGCUGCUCAACUCGCUCGACAACUCCCUCUUCAACGACAUCCUGUAG